CCUAUUCAAACAGUAUUUAUAUAUCUAGAGAGCCGAGACGUCUAAUUAUCAUGAAUGAUCGAAUAAUUAAUUAGUUAAGCAAGCAUCAGUUAUGGCACAUGUGCAUCAGUUUUCUUGAAAUAUCAUGGGCUGUGCGAAAAGGAAAGCACACGUUCUCUUUCCCUAAUCGUCUUAAAAAUCUCGAGUUAACUUUUGUUUGCUAUAAUUAAAUUAAUCCAUCACCGAUCAUAUCUCUGGCUAGUUUGAAGAUUUAUUAGGGUUGGUCGCACCCCAAUUCACAGGAAUUUUAGGUCCCUUUGCUCCACACCAUGGAUUUACUGGAGAAUUUUGACAACAACAUGGUUUUUAUGGAGAAAGCAGAAAACACUAUGGAUUUACUGGGGAGUGUGGAUCUUCUGGUUGAAAAUUUGUGGGAAGCCGAGAGAAGUUACUAUCAGCACUUUGAUCUCAACUUUCCAGUUCCUGUUGAGAACAAUAUACCUCCCUAUGGCCCGUGGUUUCCUGCCCAACCACAGAUUAUUCAAGCUGAAGCAUAUGGAUUGACACGGCAACAUCAAACUGCACGAGAUGUUGAGGUCAUUGAUGAUGAUAUUGCUAUAAUCUCCCCCAACACAUUUGAUCAAGCCAGGAAGAAAGCUAGGAGAAAUCCUGAUGCAGAAGUAAGGGAAAAUAUAAAUAUGGCCAAUCAGGUUCAUGCUGCUGGGAGUGUGCCCCAACUCCCUGGAUCAUCCCAGGCUGUGCCACCAUCCCAGUUCCCUGGAUCGUCCCAGACUGUGCCACCGCCCCAACUUUCUGGAUUGUCCCUGACAGUGCCACCGCCCCAUUUUUCAGGAUUGUCCCAAACUGCACCGCCGCCACCAGCACCAGUGUUUUGUUGUCCGAUUUGUAUGGACGAGAUGAAAGAAGCAACAUCGACAAAAUGUGGUCAUGUUUUCUGCAAGAGUUGCAUUGAAAAAGCACUAGCUGUUCAGAAGAAGUGUCCUACUUGCAGGAUGAAAUGUAUAGCGAAAUCCAUCUUCAGGAUCUUUCUUCCUGCAUUUCUUUAAAAAUUCCUUUAUUUGUAAGCGUAGACUUUGAUUUAACUUAAUUUAAAAGACUGCUAAAUAUCUUAA